AGUGUAGUGUUGCUGUUUGGCCUGUAGUGGGCAACGACGGUCAUUUAAGGACUGCGCAACAGUAAAAGAUAAAGACGAAGAAGAGACACACCGGAAACUAUGACAAGAUGGCGGACAGUGACAACAGUCGUGACGCCGGACAGCCGUCGGAUCCGGACGCAGAAGCUCCUAAGCUGUCCGAGCUGCUGGACCGCGGGUGGAAGGUGUUUGAGGAGGUGGACAGCACCAACGAGCCGCUGGGCUCCACCAGCGUCCAGGCGAAGGUGAAGCGCGGCGUCGCCAUGCUGGAGGAGGCGUCCGGAAUGGCGGCUCAGCUCCACCUGUUCAGCCGGAACGAGGAGCUGGAGGAGGUAGCCACGGCGGACCUAAAGUACCUGCUGCUGCCCGCGCUGCUCGGGGCUCUGAGCAUGAAGCAGACCAGCAGAGAGAAGCGGCUGGACUCCGUCCGGGCCGCCCGGGCCUACUUCAUGGACUUCCUGAGGAGGUGUAAAGAGUAUCACGUGUCACACUUUCAGCUGCCGCCGUCGGCGGAGGACGGCAGUGGUGUCGACGCUGCUGCGGAAGAUGGAGCCUCUGUCUCCAAGACUGUCCACCGCCCAUCAGACCUGGUCGCUCAGGCAGCACAGAGACAAGCUAAGAUCGAGCGGUACCGUCAGAAGAAGGAGCUGGAAGCCCGACUGUCUGAUGUCCGACGAGCCGUAGACAGCGGACAGGCCGACGACGAAGUCAGCAGAGAGUUUUACCUUCUGACCGUGCGGAGAUGGGUCACCGUCUGUCUGGAGGAGAUGGAGAGUAUCGACCAGGAGGUGGAGAUUCUCAGUAAAAUGGAUAUUCUGAAGCAGAGUGCUGGCAAGCAUCCGGCAAGGCCAGUGAGGCCUCCCAUGAAACCAUUCAUCCUCACCAAGGACGCUGUGCAGGCUCAGGUUUUUGGGGCUGGUUAUCCGAGCCUUCCCACCAUGACGGUAGACGACUGGUAUGAGCAGCAUCGGAAACGCGGAGCACUGCCUGACCAGGGGGUCCCCAGCAGGGUCGCCGUGGACGACGACACUGACCCCCAGGAGAGGGAAGAAGAAGAAAAAGAGAGACGACUUGAACAAGACGACGAGGAGUCGCUGCUGAGAGCCAGGAACUGGGACGACUAUAAAGACACUCAUCACAGAGGCUAUGGAAACCGUCACAACAUGGGCUAACCACAUGGUCCUGCACAGCUGAUGUCAUCAUUGAUGUCAGUCAUGUCAGUCAUCUGUUGAGUCUUAAUAAAAGUCUGUAGUUUGUCUGGAUUGAAUGGAACCGCAUUGUGAUCCCUGUGUUCCCUCACACUGUCAGGACACAUUCCUGUGUGAUCCACUGUACAGUGAGAAGCUCCACUGUACAGUGAAGAUCCACUGUACAGAGAGAAGCUCCACUGUACAGAGAUGAUCCACCGACAGAGAAGAUCCACUGUACAGUCAUUCAGUGUCUGAUCUCAACUUCAAUCAUCGACAAGUAUUGGAGACUUAUUUCCAUACACUUCCCAGAAAGCAUUGCAUUAAGGGUAAACUUCCCUUAAUUCUUUUUUCUAAUAUGAAGAGUUCCAUGACGGGUUGUUUAUAUUUAGUCUCAGACGAUCUUUGUGUCACAUAUCAAAGUUACCUACUAAUUUGAUUAAUAACUCAUUAGCAUGACUCAUGCGACUGUAUGAGCUCCAGCCUUUUAGCUUCUAGAGGGACGCCUGCAGUUUUCAUGUUCCAAUGAACAGAGGCUGAAUCGACGCAUCUGACAAUAUUUUUUUUUCUCCAUUAUUCCCUGAAGCUUAAGGGAACAUUCACUCAGUGACUUAAGGGAUAGUGAGUCGCUGUAAUGCUUUUUUAUGUUCUGUCUAUUUUAAAACAUGUCAAUACAAAGUUCUCUUGCUGGGGACAGUUGAACUUUCCAUUAUGAUAAAUUGUUCCUUCGAGUCUUUGACUUCAAACUGUGUUGCCCCCGCUUCCUCUCAACCUUUACACCUAACAAUAAAGAGAUGAUACAGUAAAAUUA